GUUUUAAUUGGUCCACACCUCAUCUCGAGAGUCGAGAUACCUCGUCCUCAAGUACACUGAGAACUGAGAGAAUCUAGCUAAACUCAGUAACAACAAAUGGCUUCCGGAGGCGAUCACACCCAUGUACAUGAUCAUGAUCAUCAUCACCACGACCAUGACCACAAGCAUGGUGAUUCAUUCAUAGGCGCUGAUGGAAAAGUGUACCAUAGCCACGACGGUCUUGCACCACACUCCCACGAACCAAUCUACUCUCCCGGAUUCUUCAGCAGAAGAGCUCAACCUCUUAUCAACAGAGACUUCAACGAAAGAGCUUUCACUGUUGGCAUUGGUGGACCUGUUGGUACUGGCAAAACCGCUUUGAUGUUAGCACUUUGUCAGAAUCUAAGAGAUCGUUACAGUCUGGCUGCUGUGACUAAUGAUAUAUUUACCAAAGAAGAUGGUGAGUUUUUGGUGAAACAUAAAGCGCUUCCAGAAGAAAGAAUACGUGCUGUUGAAACUGGUGGGUGUCCUCAUGCUGCUAUUCGCGAGGAUAUUAGUAUUAAUCUUGGUCCACUUGAAGAGCUUUCCAAUCUUUAUAAAGCUGAUUUGCUUCUUUGUGAAUCCGGUGGAGAUAACUUGGCUGCCAAUUUCAGCAGGGAACUGGCUGACUAUAUUAUUUACAUAAUAGAUGUAUCUGGUGGUGAUAAAAUUCCUAGGAAAGGUGGUCCUGGAAUCACACAAGCUGAUCUCCUUGUGAUAAACAAGACUGACCUUGCACAAGCAAUUGGAGCUGACUUGGGUGUCAUGGAGCGGGAUGCUCUUAGGAUGAGAGAUGGGGGGCCAUUUGUAUUUGCUCAGGUGAAGCACAAUGUUGGAGUAGAGGAAAUUGUGAAUCAUGUUUUACAGGCAUGGGAAGCAGCCACAGGGAAGAAACGCCAUUGACAUUUCUUUGAAAAAUGCUGUUGAACUUGGAUUGGUCAACAGGGGAAUGAUAUAUAAGAAAGAUGGUAGCUCGAGUGAGGAGCGGACCGUAGUCUGUUGUCUUUUCAUUCAUGUUAAGAAACUAUUCUAUUCUUUGAAGCAUGUUACUACCUUGGAUCUAAUCAGUGUGUAUGAGUUAUGCGUCUAUCUAUCGCUAGUGGUCGUUCGGUAUAAAUAUGCAAAUUCACACAUCUAUAAAUGUGUAUGGAUCGCAUAUCUAUCUACCCUGGCUGUGGCUACUAUGUUAAAUAACUAUUUUCAUUCAUGUUGACAUCUAGAUCUCUUCAUAAAUAUGCACGAGCAUAUAUGAGAUUAUUUUAUCACCUUCAUUUAGCAAAUACAUGCUACAUCUGUCUAGAUUGCUUCAAUCCAUAAA